GCGGAAGUGAGCCGUUGGAGUGCUUCUCAAAAGGUGUCAUCAUCAUUUUACUGAAAAAGUUCUGCUUGAUGGGUCAUAUCAUAUGUCGAGGACUCAGCACAGGUCUCCAAAGCCAUGUUUUACGAAAACUCCGCAUGGAAGAAAAGUCACGGGACAUCACCCAUCCUUUCCAUGACCCCCAAGAAACCUCAGCAGUGGCUGCAAGUGGUCGGGCAUGCAGGAAGUUUCCAUGUAGGGGAAUAUGGCACACUGCUGAAGAAGUUCUGUAAAGGGGAGCAGGAAUGUUACCUAAAGCUGAUGGAGGACCCUAUGAGGCCCUUCGUUCCCGUAUACUACGGUGUGGUGCAGAGGGAUGAGCAGGAUUACAACAUGAUGGAUAACUUGCUGACCAGUUUUAAUACACCUGCCAUUAUGGACUGCAAGAUUGGCAGCCGAACAUACCUUGAGGAGGAGUUGCAGUUGGCCCGGGAGCGUCCCCAGCCUCGUAAGGACAUGUAUGAGAAGAUGGUGGCUGUGGAUCCGGAGGCCCCUACAGUUCAGGAACACACCCAGCAAGCAGUGCUAAAAACCAGGUAUAUGCAGUGGAGGGAGACCCUGAGCUCCACAACAACACUUGGUUUCCGCAUCGAAGGAUUUAAGAAGCCAAAUGAAGAAUGUCACACUAACUUUAAAAGGACCAAGAGCAGACAGCAAGUGAUGGAGGCACUGAGCGACUUUGUUGAAUCCAACACACAAACUGUUUGGGGUUACCUGAGACGACUGAAACAGCUACGUCAGGUCCUGGAGUCGUCAGAAUUCUUCAGAACACAUGAGGUUGUGGGCAGCUCUUUAUUGUUCGUGCACGAUCAUUCAGGCAGAACAGGCGUGUGGAUGAUUGACUUUGGGAAGACAGUGGCCUUACCGCCGAACCUCACUGUGGACCACCGCACUUCAUGGGUGGAGGGCAAUCGAGAAGAUGGAUACCUGUGGGGUCUGGACAACCUGAUCGACAUACUGACUGACAUGCUGCCUCUCUUAAAACAUGGGGAAGGUCCUCCAAUCCCAGCACAAAUAUGUGAAUGACUGGGUCACGUAUGUGGAAGUGGGAAAAUACAGUAUAGAAGUAUGAAAGCACAAAAGUGGUUGAUUUCAAAAACAAACAAAACAUAGCCACUAGAACCAGCCUCAAGUCUUUUUUUAAAGAUCUAUAAUGAUUUAUGGGAUCACUGAGAAUCCUUUGCAUCCAAUGAUUAGAUGUUUAAUAACCAGUACAAGUUACUUAUGAUGACACUAUAAAAACCAAAUAUAGUCCUCCUCUACACUGACCCCUCUGGCUUAAAACAAACUUUUUAUAUGAGAAAACACUAGUGGCACAACUCAUUUUAAGCACAUACUAAAGAUGACCUCAUGAGUCAUUAAAAUGAGACUCUGUCAUUAAAUGGUGCUAAAACAACAAUGCAGCAUAGCCUGUUAUUUUCUGUAUUUCUUGAAUUAAAUUUCCAUAUUGCCUCAUUAUUUGAUCUUUUUUUUUUAUUGUUGUUGCAUUAAUACAGUAUGAUGUUUAAAUGAUUCUUUAUGAGAGCAACCUCUACCAUGAUCAUCACUGUUAAUUUUAUUAUGAAUGUAAUCUUUUAUGAGCUGGUGGUGAAAUCACAUUCCAGUGGCUUUUGGUGCAUAAAACUGUAACUUAGAUGUUGUUAGAUUUUGGCUCAGUUGGAAAUGUGUUGUCUUAUUUUUUUUAAGCAUUUGUUAAUCUUUUGUGGCAGAAAACAUGAGCAUUAAACGUUUCAAAACCGAUUUUGAUGUCUUAGAUCCAGCACAAAGUGAGUCUCAUAAGCUUUUUUCCAUUAACGGGUUGAGGGUCAUAUACAGACAAACCAAUAGGUAAUAGGUAUGUAUGGUUUUUCUCGAAAAAAGAACUUGUAAAAUCUUUAAGCUACAAAAAAAAUACCAUACUCAAAAAUUUGAAUAUCUUCCACUAAAUUGAGUUAAAAUUAGUACUGAACAUAUGAAAAUCUCAAGGAUAUGACACAUGUGUUCAUGUAAAUAGUUGCUAUUGAAAUCAAAUGAAUAAAUAUAAGUAAUUUUCUACCUGAA